UUUGCCGAUGAGGCCUCCGGUGAAGGUGUUCGUGGAAACGGCUGGAGCUGCCACGUCAUCGGAAGCGGAGAACGAGCGAGCCGCCGGUCCGAGCUGCGACUGGUCGGACCGGAAGGCGGUCGAGGCUUCCCCCGAGGUCUGCAAAAGAGCAACUCGACCGGGUUUUCCAAAAUUUGGCGGUUCAAGGAUUUGCUCGGUAGGAGCAACAGCGACGGCAGGGACGCUUUCGUAUUCCUUAACAACAACAACGCUCCGUCUCCGGCCGCGAAGGGAGAGGAGAAGUGCGAGAAAAAGGAGGCGGCGGCGGUGAAAGUGAGUGGAAAAGCGAAGAAGGGCGGGAAGGUGAAAACGGCGCCGUUGUCGGCUCAUGAAGUGUAUUUGAAGAGUAAGGCGAAAGGGGAGGAGCGGCGGCGGUCGUAUUUGCCUUACCGGCCGGAGUUGAUGGGGUUUUUCACUAAUGUUAAUGGCGGAUUAAGUAAAAAUGUACAUCCCUUUUAAGCAUUAAGGGUUGCUAGUUUUUUAACUCUAUAUUUUUAUCUAGUUUCUAUAAUUCUAUUUUAGGUCUAUUUCAUUUUUUGGUGUUUUAUUGGUGGCCAUAUAUUAAAAAGAUUUUGGGUCAGGAGUUGCUGACACUAGAAGAUCAAUUAUUCAUUCGUUGUAAUUUUUAAACAACAUUAUAUAGUGUAUGUGGGUUUGAUUAAA